AUGGAAGCAGCUGCAGAUCUUCAGGACUCAGCCUCCUUAACUCUGAAGUUUGAGUUUAACCCAAAGCAGGGCAUUGACAAUCCUGUCCUCUCUCUGGCUGAAGACCACGACCCCUCCGAUCUCUGGAGCCUGGAGCGGCCUCGCUUCUGUCUGCUGAGCAAAGAGAAGGGCGGGAGUUUUGGCUUCCACCUGACACAGGAGCUGGCCAAGGCUGUGCCUGUGGUGUGCAGGGUGGAUCCGGGCACCUCUGCCCAGUGCCAGGGUCUUCGGGAAGGGGACCGGAUCCUAGGGGUGAACGACCACGUUGUGGAACAUGAAGACUAUGGUGCGGUGGUGCGCCGCAUCCGGGCCAGCGGUCCGCGGGUGUUGCUGACGGUUUUGGCGCAGCAUGUGUAUGACGCGGUUCAAGCCCUGCAGGGAAACAGUGCCCACGUCUCUCCUACUCUCGGCCCAGGGGUCCGGCCCCGACUGUGUCACAUAGUGAAAGAUGAGGGCGGUUUUGGCUUCAGUGUCACCUACAGUUAUCAGGGUCCUUUCUGGUUGGUGCUGGGUACUGGAGGAGCAGCUGAGCGGGCAGGGGUGCCCCCUGGGGCCCGGCUGCUGGAAGUGAACGGGGUCAGCGUGGAGAAGCUCACUUAUAACCAACUCCGCAGGAAGCUUUCGCAGAGUGGAGAGCAAGUGACCCUGCUGGUGGCCGGGCCAGAGGUGGAGGAGCAGUGUCGCCGGCUGGGAGUGCCCCUGGCUGCGCCCCUGGCGGAGGGCUGGGCACUGCCCGCCAAGCCACGCCGUCUGCACCUACAGAAGGGGCCCAAGGGCUUUGGGUUCCUGCUUCGGGAAGAGAAAGGUCUGGAUGGCCAACCAGGACAGUUCCUGUGGGAGGUGGACCCUGGACUGCCAGCUGAGAAGGCCGGGAUGCAGGCUGGGGACCGGCUGGUGGCUGUGGCUGGGGAAAGCGUGGAGGGGCUGGGCCACGAGGAGACGGUGUCCAGGAUCCGGGAGCAGGGCUCCUCCGUCUCCCUCACCGUUGUCGACCCUGAGGCUGACCGCUUCUUCAGCAUGGUUCGCUUGUCCCCACUUCUCUUCUUGGAGAGCACAGAGGCUGCUGCGUCUCCCCAGGAAAACUGCUCCGCCUCUCUGGUUGAAACCAAGGACCUGCCAGUUGAAGAUACAGCCACGCCUCUUGUCCCAUGUGGCUCCCGCCAGUGCUUCCUGUACCCUGGGUCCGGCGGUGGCUAUGGCUUCCGACUUACCUGCGUGGCCAGCGAGCCACGUCUCUUCAUCUCCCAGGUCACCCUAGGAGGCUCAGCCGCCCGGGCGGGGCUGCGAAUGGGAGAUGUGGUUCUGGAGGUGAAUGGGUAUCCCCUGGGUGGAGAGAAUGACGUGGAAAAGCUUCAGCAGCUCGUUGAGGCUGAGCCACCCCUCUGCCUGAAGCUGGCCGCCAGGUCCUCCCAGGGCUACGAAGCCUGGAAUUACCCAGGGGUCGGAGAGGACUGGGCUCUGCCCUCGGAGCUCCUAUAGCCCUCCUCCGCCUGGCACAGACCUGCCAGGGGCCUUCCUGUCCUCACUCUCCUCGCGGAGGUAGGAGCUGAGAAGCUGUCUUUAAGCCUGAAGCUGCGGCCAUAGAAUUCUGGACACCCCCAAUCACAGGAUUGCUCAAGGUCUCCCUCCCUUCCCAUGGGUCCAACCUCCCAGAAGACGGUGUGGCCAGAGGCCUCAGGCAGGCCCAUCCGGGGGCCUGGGGACCUUGGGAGUUGUGUCCCAAGGGUGAAGUUCUGCCUGAAACGAACGGAGUGGUGUGGUUUUGAGGUUUAUAAUAACUUAUACCCUUUCCCAGCACGGAGCUCCUAAAAUCUUUGGAAUUUCCUAAGUAAUAAGAGUGAGAAAGGUGUUUUCGUUAUUCAUAACAAGCCCCAUUCAACCACAUCUACCUUUGUUAAGGAAGUGAUUUUUGGAAAGUACCUAAGGAUGGGGGACUGGUGCCAGGGGAACCUACCACGUGAUUAGAGAGGGUUAGAGCUUUCAGCCCCACCCCACCCCUACCCUCCAUCUCCCGGGAGGGGAGAGGCACUGCAGGUUGAAUUAAUCACCAAUGACCAAUGGUUUCAUUGCUCGUGCCUCCAUAAAAAACCAAAAGGACAGGGUUC